AUGUCCUCCCCCGACAGUCCCAACAGCCACCGCCGAAGCCAGACACACCAGUCAAUACCCUUAAGAGACCUCCAUCGCCCGCCGGACGAGUACGUUGGAGAGAGGCAGCAAGGGGCGCAACAGCAUCGCAGAACCCUUAGCGACCGAGGACGACAGCUACUGAGACACUCUGGGUCGCUUGCUUCGGGACAGCCUUGGAGCUCACAGUAUGCGCCCAUAGCGGAGACAUCGCCCAGCCCAACGCGCACGCGUGGCCGUCCUCAUGUCGACAUCGCAGCCGGCGCAUCUCGACGGCCGGCACACGUCGAGGAAGAUGGCGACUAUUCGCCCGUCGAUAUCGGCGCUUUCCAAGCUGCCAUCGGCUUUUCAGGCCUGGGCUUCCAGGGCGAGACAUCCCCGCCAUUGCCCCCUCCCAUGACGUCCGCAAAGUCAUAUCCCCCAUACGGCAGCGACCCUUAUCUGAGCAGGAGCACUUCCGAGGACCACGGCUUCUAUGCCCCAUCUGCCUACGACGAUAGGGACACAGCACGCUUGACCGAUGCGCGCAACUUACAACCUAUAAGCGGUGCCGCACCGCCCCUUCCCACCACACCGGGCGAUCGUUCCAGCUUCCAGAGCGUGCGGUUCCUCACACCGGGUGGAUCCACCACUGGACCUGGGCUGGGGCAUGAUCUUGAGCAGCAUUCACCGGGCGGCCUCCGGACGUCCACCGGCCGGAAGCGGUCGCUCUCGCCUGGUAGCAUCGAGUCGCCGCUGCAUCGUGCAGGAACCAUAAUGCGGAACAUGUCCCAGCGCGUUGUCAACAUCAGUAAUGAACCUGAGAUUGCUGAGCGAACUAUGCGCAGGAAGUCCUCAGUGCGCCACCCCCAGGACCGCCUUCAGGAGCCGCCUUCGUUUCCAGCACUGCCAACAUAUCUUCAUGACGGUCCUUCUUCGCCGCUCGCCACCCCAAUUGAGAAGCCGCCCUCGCCAACCCAGUCUGCGAAACCCAGUGCACAGUGGCACCAUCCAUCGAAUCCUUUUCGUGGAAGGUCACUGGGCAUCUUCGGCCCGGACAACAAGCUGCGCUUAAAGCUCAGUGACCUCCUGGUACACCCUGUUACUGAACCAUUGCUUCUCGUGCUGAUCGUUGUUCAAACUGUGCUUCUGGCCGUGGAUGCAAGUGAAAACGUAUUCGAGCAUCAUAGGGACGCGACAUGGGGCUCCAACAUCGACUUUGCUUUACUUGGAUUGUUCGUCGUGUACACCAUGGAAACCAUCAUUCGAAUUAUUGUGUCAGGCUUCAUCAUCAAUGCUCCCGAAUACAGUACCAUUAACAGACAGGUCAGCUUUAAGCGAGCUAUCCUCGGCAAUGCCCGCAAGCUGUUUGGACCCCAGCGGGUGCCGUCGAUCAAGCGUGCCGAAACCAGCAUCGAGCAGCAGAUUCCUUCUGUCUUCCGAACUUUCACAACUGCACAAAUGACCCCUGCUAUUGGCCCUGGCAACGCAAGAGAGCAGCAAAGGGCUCGGCUUGCGCAUCGUGCAUAUCUUCGCCAUUCCUUCAACCGUACCGAUUUCGUCGCCGUGGUCUCGUUUUGGAUCUCGUUUGUCCUAAGCAUCACCGGCGUCGAACACGCCAAGCACAUUUAUAUUUUCAAAAUGCUGAGUUGUCUGCGCAUCAUCCGUCUUCUCAACCUGACGAGUGGCACCUCAGUCAUUCUACGGAGUUUGAAAAAAGCAGCGCCUUUACUCGUAAACGUAGCCUUCUUGAUCAGCUUUUUCUGGCUUCUUUUUGCCAUUGUUGGUGUUCAGAGCUUCAAAUCGAGUUUCAGGAGACACUGUGUCUGGAUCGAUCCUGAAGGCAAGAAAAACUUUACAAAUGAAGCGCAAUUCUGCGGUGGCCAUCUCGAAAACGUAUCCGGCAUUCAUCCGAAACCUUACAUCCAGGCCCCUGGAAUGCCAGAAGGUACCGACAAAGGAUUCAUCUGCCCGAAAGGUUCGUUGUGCAUAGAGGGUGAAAACCCUUAUAGUGGCACUCAGAGUUUCGACAACAUCCUGCAAUCCCUUCAACUGGUCUUCGUAAUCAUGUCCUCGAACACGUACUCCGACUUGCUGUAUACAAUCGCAGACAGCGACUACCUCAUAGGAGCGCUGUUCUUUGCUGGUGCAAUCCUCAUACUGAGUCUUUGGCUUAUAUCUUUACUCAUCGCGGUCAUUACGUCAUCGUUCCAGAUCAUCCGUGAAGAGAGCAAGACAAGUGCUUUCACUGGCGAACAGAUUGAAGAGGAAGAUGCUGAGAACCUUCCGAAAGAGCGCGUGAGCAACCUGAAAAAGUUGUACAAGAAGACCUCCUGGAUUUGGAUCCUAAUUAUCUCCUAUGGGCUCAUUGCCCAGGCUUUGAAAAGCGCAGAGAUGUCACCUUCACGAGCCAAAUUCAUUGACAGGUCUGAGAUCGGGGUCACUCUCCUUUUGGUGCUUGAGAUCGUCAUUCGGUUCGUCGUCGAUUGGAGGCAUUUCUUUAAAGGCAAGCAGAAUAUUACCGAUCUGCUCAUCGCGGUUAUUACGUGUGUCAUUCAAAUCCCAGCUAUAAAAGGUUCCCAUGGCGGACAGGCAUACGCUUGGCUCUCCGUAUUCCAGAUCAUCCGAAUCUACCGAGUUGUCUUGGCCGUACCAAUGACGCGGGAACUUAUUAUGAUUGUCCUUGGAAAUGUUGGCGGUCUGCUCAACCUAAUAUUGUUUGUGUUCCUGCUUACGUUCCUCGCCUCUAUAUUUGCGGCACAGCUGUUUCGUGGGGAGAUUCAGGCCGAACAAGACGGCGACACCCUUGUGAUAUCCUUUUUCACGAUAUACAACUCUUUUCUCGGAAUGUACCAAAUACUCUCCAGUGAGAACUGGACAACUAUAAUGUACAGCGUCACGACCUUUACGGAACAAUGGGGGACCUCCUGGAUCGGGGCCACGUUCUGUAUCAUAUGGUUCAUUUUCGCAAACUUCAUUGUCUUGAAUAUGUUUAUUGCUGUCAUUCAGGAAAAUUUCGAUGUCUCUGAAGAUGAAAAGCGUCUACAGCAAGUCAAAGCGUUUCUGCAAAAGAAAGAACAGGGGUUCAACUCAUCUGACGGUAAUCUGUCACUCUCCUCUAUCUUCAAACUGGGUCAGGCCAGCCGGAAAGACCCGUUAGACUACGGAUCUGCUGCUACCGAAAUGCUUCUGAAAGACGCCGUGGUUAGAGAUUUCCUCGAUGAAGCAGACGGAGACGGAGAUGAGAGUCCACACGAGGACCCGCAGCCUGGCAUCCGACCAGCGCCAACGAUUGUCGGAUCGGGCGUAAUGUCAACAUUCUGGCAGCGAUUCAAGCGGCGGUUCACCGACAAAGAGCAGAAUCCAUUCUACGCUCCGCUUGACUUUGGACGCGCUUACGAAGAUCUCGAUCCCAGAAGAAUGGCCAAAGAGGUAGUUGAUGCGACAGAAAGGAGAAAGAAGGCACAACGAGAUUAUCUUCGAAAGCAUCCGAAGUACAACGUGUCACUGUUCAUAUUCAAGCCCUACAAUCCGAUUCGUAGGUUUUGCCAAAAGAUCGUGGGUCCAGGUCGCGGCAAAGAUCGUAUGGAAGGUAUUGCCCCAUCGGUGCCCGUUUGGUACACGUUUUCGGCUUUCAUUUAUGCGGCUAUCAUUGCCAUGGUCCUUCUAGCCUGCGUAACGACGCCUUUGUACCAGAGGGAGUACUUCAAAACCCACGACUUCAGCGUCCGCAAUUGGUUUGUCUGGACAGAUAUGGGCUUUGCCGUCUUGUUCACUGCGGAGGCUCUGAUCAAAGUCAUCGCAGACGGCUUCUUAUUCACGCCCAACGCUUACUUUCGAGGCUCUUGGGGUUUCAUUGAUGGCGUGGUGUUGAUUACACUCUGGAUCAACGUACUCACGUCAUUGCUCAACGAAGGUCAGAUCACACGUACGGUUGGCGCUUUCAAAGCUCUACGUGCCUUGCGUCUCCUCAACAUUAGCGACAGCGCGCGGGAUCAUUUCCAUUCCCUUAUCGUCCGCGGCUGGUGGAAGCUAAUCUCGGCCGCUUUUGUCUCGCUGAGCUUGCUCAUUCCCUUUGCUAUAUAUGGACUGAACUUGUUCGUUGGUAAAAUGCAAUCGUGCAACGAUGACAGCUCCAAUAUUUUCGAUUUGAACGACUGCGUCAACGAGUACACUAGCAACCCUUUUAACGAUGACUGGGAUGUUCUUGCCCCCCGCCGCGCCGCAAACCCGUCUUAUCAUUUCGACGACUUCGGCAACUCGCUCUUCAUCCUCUUUCAGAUUGUAUCCCAAGAAGGCUGGAUUGAUGUCAUGUGGGCAUCGGAACAAAUCACUGGCGUGUUCACUCAGCCAGCCCCAUUCGCUUCCCAAGGCAACGCUGUCUAUUUCGUCAUCUUCAACUUGCUUGGCGCCGUCUUCGUGUUGACGCUCUUUGUAUCUGUCUUCAUGCGCAACUACACAGAACAGACUGGUGUUGCUUUCCUGACCACAGACCAGCGGUCAUGGCUUGAGCUGAGGAAACUGCUCCGUCAAGUCUCCCCGUCGAAACGCCCGUCCUCGACAAAGGUGCGAGAGACAUGGGAAGAGUGGUGUUACCGGCGUGCUGUCCGCAAGACUGGCGGCUGGCAACGGUUCAUAACAGGACUGUUACUGGCCCACCUUGUCCUCCUUUGCCUAGAGUGGUACCCCGGGUAUGGCGUAUGGGACCAAGUACGCGACUACAUCUUCCUCCUGUUCACGAUUAUAUUCAUCGCCAAUGUGGUCAUUCGAAUCAUCGGCCUGUCCUGGCAUCGAUUUCGCAAAAGCUCCUGGGACGUGUUCUCUAUUUUCGCAGUAUCCGGUACAUUUGUUACUUCGAUCCUGCGAUUGACCAACAACAGCGAAAGAGUCUUUGCUCAACUUCAUAAGCUGGGUCUGGUGUCGAUUGCGCUGCUCCUCAUACCCAGAAAUAACCAACUUGAUCAACUCUUCAAAACGGCGGCGGCAAGUUUGGCAUCCAUCAUGAACCUUUUAGCCACUUGGUUUGUGCUUUUCUUGGUGUAUGCUAUCGCUCUCACUCAGACCUUCGGUCUGACGCGGUUCGGUGAGAACGAGACAGGAAACAUCAACUUUCGCAGUGUGCCAAAAGCUCUCAUUCUCCUCUUUCGAACAAGCACAGGUGAGGGCUGGAAUGAGCUCAUGGAAGAUUUCGCGUCUAUCGACCAUCCCUAUUGCACCGAAGGAGAGCGAUACUUUGAAAGCGAUUGCGGCAGUCCAGAGUGGGCUCGGGCUCUGUUCGUUACUUGGAACAUCCUGAGCAUGUACAUCUUUGUCAAUCUCUUCGUGUCUCUGAUAUACGAAAGUUUCAGUUAUGUGUAUCAGCGAAGCAGUGGGCUGUCGGUCAUCAGUCGAGAAGAAAUUCGUCGCUUCAAGCAGGCGUGGGCCGAAUUUGACCCUAACGGCACGGGCUUCAUCUCCAAGGACGUUUUUCCCCGACUGCUUGGGGAACUUUCUGGUAUCUUCGAAAUGCGAAUCUACGACGGCGACUUCACUGUUGGUAGUCUGAUUGAAGAGUGCAGCACAAACUCUAGGAGAACCUCAGGGCUACCCGUGCAAGGUCAGAAGGAGCCUGUCGAGAUCGAUAUCAAGAAACUCAACCGGCGCUUGGCCGAGCUUGAUGUUGUCGAGAUCCGCCGUCGGCGACAGCGCAUGAACACCUUUUUCGAGGAGGUGAUAGUGUCAAGUGAUCCCGACCGCGGUAUCCAGUUCACUUCACUGCUUAUGAUCUUGGCGCAUCACAAGGUUAUUAACGAUAACAAGAGCUUGAGAUUAGAGGAAUUCCUCCGACGCCGAGCACGCCUGCAACGUGUAGAAGAGGCUGUGCGACGAAACGUCGUGGUUGGGUUCUUCGACACGCUCUACUGGUCGCGAAGAUUCCGGCGCGUGCAGAAGCAAAAGGAACACGGCCGUAUGACUGCUAUUCCGCAGUUCACAGUACCCGAAAUCUUUAUCGACGAUGAAGAUAUAGCAGAUGUGCACCGCGGGCAACAUUCUGCCCACGGCAGUCCUAUGUUGUCACCAGUGCAUACGAACAUAGACAUGGCAGGCUGGCGAGCCUCAGGCAGCGAUGCGCGGGCCCCCUCACCUCCAGCCGACAUGACGCUGAGAAGUCGAGCAAACUCGAUACAGACGACACCACUCGGCUCACCCACAAGAGCUACUCCUUUCUCUCCCACACGCGCAUCGCCGGGGCCGUCCCCCUUCUCACCACCACCGGAUGGCGAGUGGCAAUUCGCAUCGGCGCUCAGUCGACCUCCCAGUCCGCUCGAGGGCGAAGGAGAGCUGACGGCGCCGAGCCCAACCGGAAACCGCAGCAGGCAAAACAGCGCUGUCAGUGCAGCCGACGUUUUGGAGGUGCUCGACAACUCAGCCUGGGGUGAGAGCAUCCGGAGGAGUUUCACGCAGCGGCGGUCGGGCGGGAGGUGA